CUAGUUGGCUAGUUGGCUAGCUGGUGUAAAUAAUACUUUGAUAACCAUACAUAUGCUUGAAGGCCGUGGCAGGCCUCUAUAUCUAAUGCUUCAGCCCUCAGUAACGAAGGGCAUAAACAAACGGAGAUUACUAAUGUGUUUGCUAUAAUGUUGCUGUAAGCUGUUUUGGGUGCGCCUCUGCAAAUGUUUCCACACAUAGUCACGAAAACAGGAAGAGGGCCAAACCACAAGACUGGAGAAGCCGCAUCUCGUGAGGACAUAUCUGCUGAUGACAGGAACACACACACACAUACACACACACCCCACCCAGAUACAUUCACAUUUAGAACCACACACCCAGCAUUUAGCCUCAAGGGAUCGUGGGCGUAUCUGCUUUUUGACACAUGUAAGCUAGUUGAGCAACGCAAAACAGACAUUAAACAGGAACAUUCUGAGACAAUGGCAACAACAACCUUGGACCAAUAAGGAGAGACAACGCCCGGGUCUGGACCAAUCCGAGGACCAGACCUUCCAGAAUCAACCUACUUUCUGUACUGUAUAAAACAUGUAUGCUGUCUAAAUUAGGGGCUCUCUUUUUCUGACUCCCUCUGAGUUCAAGGAACAGAGCCCGUAUACGCUGUACACAAUACUUUUACUCUGAAUAAACUGCAGAUUGUUAAACUUUAACUCCUCGUCUGAACUGAUCCUUGACCGACUCGCUCACCUAAGCAUCUCACCUUUUACCAACAGAAUUCUUGGUAGCAGAGGAUGGUUUACUAAAGACCCAUAAAACGUGAGAGUACGGGAGCGAAUUGGUGAAAGGACGGUUCAAGGAGAAAGACGAGCCAAUUCGGGGGAGGACAAAACUCUGCUCAACUCGGAGAACUGAUCUCAGGUCGACCACUAAAAAGCUCUCUCCACGCAGAUACACCGGGUCGCAGAGGGGGAGCUGACGGAUGACCAGGAACAACCAAGGGUAAAGGUUGGUGACUGGGUAAGGAUCAAAGUCCACAAAAGAAAGUGGGCUGAUCCCAGGUGGACUGGACCGUACGAAGUGAAGGAAGUUACUUCACACUCAGUCCAGGUCAAAGGUAAACCAGGCGCACCUUGGCACCACCUGACGCAUUGUACACCAGCACCAGCACCUGACAGAACACUGACAGAAGUCAGAAGCGAUUUGAUCGCAUCUAAUUCGGCUACAAAUUCUGUUAGCUCUGACAACUGAAGGAUGUGGAGACGCCUCCAAUCCUCAGGUGCCAGCGAAGGGCACCUUUGGUCUAGACGACAAAGGGCACCAUGGGAAAGAUUAGGAUGCUCUCUUCCAAUGUUUGUGCUAUUGCUGUUCACCUCGGGUGUGGUAGUAGGAAUAAUGCUUUGGGCUUUCGAACAUACAGUUAACAAAACAGAUAUAAUACCAGAGGGCACUAAUUCCACAAUUGACAUCACUGGUCUCACCACAAAUCUUACCACAACCACCAUGGCUAGUCACAACCUACGUAAAAGACGCAUUGAAGUCAUAAACCAAACUUGUCCAACUGAUCGGGUAGGUAGCACCACCCUGUGUGUACCAGUUAAUGUUACUACCACUGUCACUAUACCCUGGGGAACACUAGAGAACAAUGUGCAUAAGAUUGGGGUUAAUAACUUAUGGCAAUCAAAAUACCACUGGUAUCUUACUAAAGGAAAUAGUCCCCGCGAUGAUUGGAUUUGGAGAAAUUUAGUUGCUGAAACAGGCCCUGAUUGGUCUAGUUAUUCAAAAGGAGACUUAGUGCUGUUAUGGAGAAAUAGAUUGACCCUUACCAAAUCAAAAGUGGAACUGAAACUGGUGAUUAAACCAGGUAACAAGGAGGGAUGCCAAGGUUUCAUUUUGGCACCUUGGAUAGACCACAGAGGGGCACCAUUGUACAUAUACUACUUUAGAUGGUUUUUGAAUGUCUGUGCGAUGUCAGCCCCUGUCCCUUCUUCUGUUACUAAAAAGGAAGGUCAAGGAGCCCAAUCAGGAUCUGGAAUGUGGGGACCUGUCCGUAUGACUGCCAACCCACCGACAUUUGAUGACGCUAUCUUUACUGCCACUUAGGUCUCUGGGUUCUCCAACAACUGGCUCCUGUUAACUGAGGAAGCAGGUAGAGUGUCUCGCCAGGACUGUGUGGUAUGUAUGGGAGCCAGGCCUCUCCUUCGCAUUGUGCCUGCAGCCUUACCUGUCAAUUGUGUUUUCCCGGUUAUGAGAUAUAGUAACCCAACUCGAAAUUGUUCUUCCUGGGAUAAGGUUUAUCCACUAGUCAAGGGCAGACAGGCACCGAUUUUCUCCUCAGAUGUUGCUGAAGGAAAUUUCACAUGUGUGAACAUGACCCAAGGACCUCCAUAUUUAGGUACUGUCCCACCCCACUGGUGUAAUGCUACUCACUUCCCUAAUUCUCCCCUUAAGGUCGUAGCUAGGGCAGAUGUUUGGUGGUGGUGCGGAGGAAAUGGACUUUUGUCUAGGUUUCCUCCUAACUCAUCAGGUUUGUGUGCCCUAGUGUCACUGCUCCUCCCUAUUGCUGUACAUCCCAUGAGUGUGGCUGGUCUCCUCUCCCAAGUCAGUGAAACCCCGUUAAGCAGAUAUAAAAGACACACCAUGGUAUCACCCACUGACAAUCCGACCUACAUUGAUGCUAUUGGUGUGCCCAGGGGGGUACCUGAUAAAUAUAAGUUGGUUAAUCAAGUCACUGCGGGGUUCGAAUCCUCAAUUUGUUGGUGGUGCACUGUUAACAAAAACGUGGAUCGCAUAAACUAUAUCCAUUUCAAUGUCCAAAGACUGGGAAAUUGGACCCAGCAAGGGUUUGAGGCUGUACAUGGUCAAUUAUCGGCUACCAGCCUUAUGGCUUUCCAAAAUCGAAUUGCCAUAGAUAUGCUAUUGGCUGAAAAAGGAGGUGUCUGCUCCAUGUUUGGGCAACAAUGUUGUACAUUUAUUCCGAAUAACACUGCGUCUGAUGGCAGCCUGACAGUAGCUCUAGAAGGACUUAGGACUCUUAAUGGUAAAAUGAAAUCUCACUCUGGCAUUGAUAACUCUAUGUGGGACUCCUGGAUGGAUGCUUUUGGCAAAUACAAGACUCUCGUUUCCUCUGUUUUAAUUUCUAUUUCUGUUUUUGCGGCUAUUCUGGUUUUGUGUGGGUGCUGCUGCAUUCCAUGUAUUCGCUCGCUUACCAAUAAAGUGAUAACUAAGGCUAUUGAUCCUAGCGCCCCGGCUCAGAUGUAUCCUCUCUUGGGCCCGGAGGAUGUGUACGAUGACUUAGAGAUGUGCGAAAUCGACUGAUUAGUCACGUCUCUGCUGAGACGAGAAGAGAGGGAUUACUUAAACUUUUCUCUGAAAAGUUUCUUCCUAUCAGUUGGUCACGUCUGUAAGACGUGAAGAGAGGGAUUUGUAAAUAAUACUUUGAUAACCAUACAUAUGCUUGAAGGCCGUGGCAGGCCUCUAUAUCUAAUGCUUCAGCCCUCAGUAACGAAGGGCAUAAACAAACGGAGAUUACUAAUGUGUUUGCUAUAAUGUUGCUGUAAGCUGUUUUGGGUGCGCCUCUGCAAAUGUUUCCACACAUAGUCACGAAAACAGGAAGAGGGCCAAACCACAAGACUGGAGAAGCCGCAUCUCGUGAGGACAUAUCUGCUGAUGACAGGAACACACACACACAUACACACACACCCCACCCAGAUACAUUCACAUUUAGAACCACACACCCAGCAUUUAGCCUCAAGGGAUCGUGGGCGUAUCUGCUUUUUGACACAUGUAAGCUAGUUGAGCAACGCAAAACAGACAUUAAACAGGAACAUUCUGAGACAAUGGCAACAACAACCUUGGACCAAUAAGGAGAGACAACGCCCGGGUCUGGACCAAUCCGAGGACCAGACCUUCCAGAAUCAACCUACUUUCUGUACUGUAUAAAACAUGUAUGCUGUCUAAAUUAGGGGCUCUCUUUUUCUGACUCCCUCUGAGUUCAAGGAACAGAGCCCGUAUACGCUGUACACAAUACUUUUACUCUGAAUAAACUGCAGAUUGUUAAACUUUAA